UGGUGACUUCCGGCACAGGGAGUGACUGUGGUGAAUGAUUUGAAAAAAAAAUACUUCUCUCCAUUAAAACUCAUGUGGAUCUAAAAGGAUACUGUUCAUUUUAACUAGGAUGUCCUGGAGAGCGAGAUACGAGGAUUUUCAGUGGCCACGCGGGCUGUACUUGGCACCUAUAGGACAUGGGAAAUAUGGCGUUGUCUAUGACGACCAAGACAGUAAACUUAGCUACCAUGACGAAAUAUCGGCGUACAAAUAUGACAGUUAUGACAGUCGGACAGGUGCUUCCCCCUUCCAUCGCCUCCCGCCCACCUAUUUGAGACCUCCCAGAGAGGAGAGUGAACUGGAGUCCUACACCACAUAUUCCACGAAAUCGAAGAAAGCCAAGAUGGUGAAGGUUUUAGUGGCCCUGGCUAUCAUAGGUGUCGCUAUUGCUAUCGCUAUGGCAGGUGUAGGCAUAUACUUCGCAGUAACUGGAAGCGGAACACAGCCAGAGAGGCUUGGAUCAACGUCGACCACGACUGCGACAACUGUGACAACUCCAGAGCCGGUAUAUUAUGUCACUGCGGAGACCAAUCUUACCCUCAUCCAGCCAUACACCCCAGGACUUGCUGAUAACACCAGUGCUGAAUACAUCAAUCUGUCCAACGAGUUCUGUAAGGGGAUAACGCAGCUUUACGCCUCGAGUAACCUUUCCAUCGCUCCUGCUUCUUGUGAAGUUCUAGGAUUUCAAAAUGGAAGUGCCAUUGUAUUCUUUCGACUCAUAUUCAUGGAAGCCCAGUUAAAAGCUAAAGUCGAAACUUACCGAAGCAACGUAAACAACCAAAACAAGGUAACAAUAUAUAUCGAGGCCAUACUUGGAACGUUACAGAUUCAAGCAGAUAUUAAUUUUGGGCCUUACUUCCCAUUAAGCGGUACUAAUAUAAAAAUUAAGGACGACUCAAUUGCUUCUCCGCGUGUUGGGAUAACCUCAGCAUCACCAAUCCCCCCGACAACAACACCAACCCAAGCGCCAAGCUCCGUCACUGCUUCAGCGACACAGACUGUGACAUCCUCAACAGAAGUAUCUUCAGCAACAACAGCGUCAGCUACCGGCGACCUAUCGACAGGAGUUACCACAUUGUCGGCUAGUACGGCCGUAGCAGUAUCAUCUGCAUCAGAAGCAUCUUCAUCUGACAGGGCUUCAACUUCCUCUAUUGCAACCACAGUUGCAACUUCUUCUGAUCAACCAUCAAUAUCUUCCAACGCAGCAGCUACCACAUCUUCUGCUCCAAUAGUAACAACUUCUUCAUCUGACCAAGCUUCAGCAUCUUCUGCUGCAGGAGUAGCAACAUCUUCUACUGCAGCAGUAGCCACAUUUCCAUCAGACCAGGCUUCAACAUCUGCUACAGCAAUAGCGACACCUUCAUCAGACCAGGGUUCAACAUCGUCUGCUACAGCAGCAGCAACAUCUUCUGCUUCAGCAGUUGCAAUAUCUUUAUCUGACCAGGCUUCAACAUCUUCUGCUUCAGCAGUAGCCACAUUUUUAUCUGAUCAGGCUUCAACAUCUGCUACAGCAACAGCCAUAUCUCCAACUGACCAGUCUUCAACAUCUUCGGAUGCAGGAGUAGCAACAUCUUCUGCUUCAGCAAUAGCGACAGCUUCAUCAGACCAGGGUUCAACAUCGUUUGUAGCAGUAGCCACAUCUUCAGCUGGCCAGAGUUUAUCAUCCUCUGAUGCAGCAGUAGGCACAAGUUCAUCUGACCGGGCAUCAACAUUUUCUGCUUCAACAGUAGCAACAUCUUCACCAAACUCAGCUACAAUAUCUUCUGGUGCAGCAGAAGUAACAUCCACUGCUUCAGCAGUAGUAACAUCUACAUCAGACUCAGCUUCAUCAUCGUCUGCUACAGCAAUAGCUUCAUCUUCUGCUUUAGCAAUAGGAACAUCUUCAUCAGACCAGGUUUCAACAUCUGCUGCAGCUGCAACCGCAUCUUUAUCUGACUUAUCUGACCAGGCGUCAUCACCUGCUUCAGCAGUAGCCACAUUUUCAUCUGAGCAGAUUUCAACAUCUGCUUCCGCAGUAGCAAUAUCGUCACCUUCAUCAUCUUCUGCUUCCGCAAUAGCAACAUCUUCUGCUUCCGCAAUUGCAAUAUCUUCAUCUGACCAGGUUUCAUCGUCUGCUGCAGCAGUAGCCACAUCAUCCAACCAGGCUUCAACAUCGUCUGUUGCAGCAGAAGUAACAUCUACUGUUUCAGAAUUGGCAACAUCUUCAUCAGACUCAGCUUCAACAUCUGCUGCAGCAGUAGUAACAUCUUCUGCCUCAGCAGCAGCAACAACGUCAUCAGACCAACCUUCAACUUCAGCUGCAGCAGUAUCCACAUCUUCAUCAGACUCAGCUUCAACAUCGUCUGCUGCAGCAGUGGCCACAUCAUCUGACCAGGUUUCAACAUCGUCUGCUGCAGCAGAAGUAACAUCUUCUGCGUCAGUAGCAGCAACAACGUCAUCAGACCAACCUUCAACAUCUGCUUCAGCAGUAGAAACCUCUUCAUCUGAUCAGGCUUCUACAUCUUCUGUUGCAGCAGUGUUAACAUCGUCUGACCAGGUUUCAACAUCGUCUGCUGCAGCAGUGGCAACAUCUGCUGCAGCAGUAUCUACAUCUUCAUCUGACCAGGCUUCUACAUCUGUUGCAUCAGUGACCACUGCUUCAUCAGACCAACUUCCAACAUCCUCUGCUGUAGCGGCAGCUUCAUCUUCAUCUGUCCAGGCCUCAACAUCUUCUGCUGCAGCAGUAGCAACAUCUGCUGCAGCAGUAUCUACAUCUUCAUCUGACCAGGCUUCUACAUCUGUUGCAUCAGUGACCACUGCUUCAUCAGACCAGGCUUCUACAUCUUCUGCUGCAGAAUUAGCAACAUCUUCUGCUUCAAUAGUAGCCACAGCUUCAUCUGAUCAGGUUUCAACUUCUGCUUUAGCACUAACAACAUCUUCAUCAGACCAACUUCCAACAUCCUCUGCUGUAGCGGCAGCUUCAUCUUCAUCUGUCCAGGCCUCAACAUCUUCUGCUGCAGCAGUAACAACAUCUGCUGCAGCAGUAGCAACAUCUUCAUCUGACCAGGCUUCUACAUCUGUUGAAUCAGUGACCACUGCUUCAUCAGACCAGGCUUCUACAUCUUCUGCCGCAGAAUUAGCAACAUCUUCUGCUUCAGUAGUAGCCACAGCUUCAUCUGGCCAGGCUUCAACAUCUGCUGCAACAGUGGCCACAUCUUCAUCUGACCAGGCCUUAACAUCUUCUGCUGCAGCAGUAGCAACAUCUGCUGCAGCAGUAGCAACAUCUUCAUCAGACCAGGCUUCUACAUCUUCUGUUGCAGCAGUGUUAACAUCGUCCGACCAGGUUUCAACAUCGUCUGCUGCAGCAGUGGCAACAUCUGCUGCAGCAGUAUCUACAUCUUCAUCCGACCAGGCUUCAACAUCUGCAUCAGCAGUAGCUACAUCUUCACCUGAUCAGGCCUCAACAUCUUCUGCUGCAGCAGUGGCAACAUCUUCAUCUGAGCAGGCUUCAACAUCUGCAUCAGCAGUAGCUUCAUCUUCAUCUGACCAGCCUUUAACAUUGUUUGCCACAGCAGUUGUCACAUCUUCACCUGUCCAGGCUUCGACAUCAUCUGCUGCAGCAGUAGCAACAUCUUCAUCUGCCCAGGCUUUAACAUCGGCAUCUACAACAGCAACAUCUUCAGUAGUAGCAACAUCUUCAUCAGACCAGGCUUCUACAUCUUCUGUUGCAGCAGUGUUAACAUCGUCCGACCAGGUUUCAACAUCGUCUGCUGCAGCAGUGGCAACAUCUGCUGCAGCAGUAUCUACAUCUUCAUCCGACCAGGCUUCAACAUCUGCAUCAGCAGUAGCUACAUCUUCACCUGAUCAGGCCUCAACAUCUUCUGCUGCAGCAGUGGCAACAUCUUCAUCUGAGCAGGCUUCAACAUCUGCAUCAGCAGUAGCUUCAUCUUCAUCUGACCAGCCUUUAACAUCGUUUGCCACAGCAGUUGUCACAUCUUCACCUGUCCAGGCUUCGACAUCAUCUGCUGCAGCAGUAGCAACAUCUUCAUCUGCCCAGGCUUUAACAUCGGCAUCUACAACAGCAACAUCUUCAGUAGUAGCAACAUCUUCAUCAGACCAGGCUUCUACAUCUUCUGUUGCAGCAGUGUUAACAUUGUCCGACCAGGUUUCGACAUCAUCUGCUGCAGCAGUGGCAACAUCUGCUGCAGCAGUAUCUACAUCUUCAUCCGACCAGGCUUCAACAUCUGCAUCAGCAGUAGCUACAUCUUCACCUGACCAGGCCUCAACAUCUUCUGCUGCAGCAGUGGCAACAUCUUCAUCUGAGCAGGCUUCAACAUCUGCAUCAGCAGUAGCUUCAUCUUCAUCUGACCAGGCCUCAACAUCUGCUGCAGCAGUAUCCACAACAUCAUCCGACCAAGUUUCAACAUCUGCUGCAGCAGUAGCCACAUCUUCUUCUGACCAGGCCUCAACAUCUUCUGCUGCAGUAGUAGCAACAUCUGCUCCAGCAGAAGCCACAUCUUCAUCUGACCAGGUUUCAACCUCGUCUGCUGCGGCAGUAGCAACAUCUUCUGCUACAGCAAUAGCAAUAUCUUUAUCUGACCAGGCUUUAACACCGUCUGCCACAGCAGUUGUCACAUCUUCACCUGUCCAGGCUUCAACAUCAUCUGCUGCAGCAGUAGCAACAUCUUCAUCUGCCCAGGCUUUAACAUCGGCAUCUACAACAGUAACAUCUUCAGUAGUAGCAACAUCUGCAUCAGACCUACCUUCAACAUCUUCUGCUGCAGCAGAAGCAACAUCUUCUGUAACAUCAGCAGCAGCCACACCUUCAUCAACUUCUGCUGCAGCAGCAGCAACAUCUUCUGUAACCUCAGCAGAAGCCACACCUUCAUCAACUUCUGCUGCAGCAGUAGCAACAUUUGUUACAUCAGCAAUGGCAACAUCUUCAGCAGACCAGGCUUCAACAUCUGCUGCAGUAGUGGCAACAUCUUCUGCUUCGGCCGUAGCAACAUCUUCAUCAGACCAACUUUCAACAUCUUCUGCUGCAGCACUAGCCACAUCUUCUUCUGAGCAAGUUUCAACAUCUGCUUCAGCAGUGGCAGCAUCUGUAACAUCAGCACUAGCAACAUCUUCAUCAGACCAGGAUUCAACAUCAUCUGCUGCAGUAGUGGCAACAUCUUCUGCUUCAGCAGUAGCAACAUCUUCAUCAGACCAACCUAUAACAUCAUCUGCAGUGGUAGCAACAUCUUCUGCUGCAGCAGCAGUGACAUCUUCAUCAGACCAACCUACAACAUCAUCUGCAGUGGUAGCAACAUCUUCUGCUGCAGCAGCAGCAACAUCUUCUGUUACAUCAGCAGCAGCCAUACCAUCAUCAACUUCUGCUGUAGCAGUAGCAACAUCUGUAACAUCAGCAGUGGGAACAUCUUCAUCAGACCAGGCUUCAACAUCAUCUUCUGCAGUGGUAGCAACAUCUUCUGCUGCAGCACUAGCAACAUCUUCUUCUGAGCUGGUUUCAACAUCUGCUUCAGCAGUAGCAACAUUUUCAUCCGAACAGGCUUCAACAUCAUCUGCUGCAGCAGCAGCAACAUCUUUGGCUUCAACAGUAGCAACAUCAUCAUUAGACCAAACUACAACAUCUACUGCUGCAGUAGUGGCAACAUCUUCUGCUGCUGCAGCAGCAGCAACAUCUUCUGUUACAUCAGCAGUAGACACAUCUUUUUCUUAUCAGGCUUCAACAUCUUCUGCUGCAGCAGUAACAACUUCUGUAACAUCAGCAGUAGCCACAUCUUUAUCUGGCCAGGUUUCAACAUCUACUGCAGCAACAGCCACAGCUUCAUCUGACCAGGCUUCAAUGUCUUCUGCUGCAGCAAUAGCAACAUCUUCUGUUACAACGGCAGUAGCCACAUCUUUAUCUGACCAGGUUUCAACAUCUGCUGGAGCAAUAGCCACAGCUUCAUCUGACCAACCUUCAACAUCUUCUGUCACAUCAUCAGAAGCAACAUCUCCAUCUGACCAGGUUUCUACAUCUGCUGAAGCAGUAGUCACUUCUUCUGCUUCAGAUGAAACAUCUUCACCUGAUCCUGCUUCAACAUCAUCUGCUGCAGUAAUAGCAACAUCUUCUACUUCAGCAGUGGCAACUUCUUCAUCAGACCAGGCUUCAACAUCAUCUGUUUCAGCAGUAGCUGCAUCUUCUGCUUCAGCUGUCGCAACAUCUUCAUCAUACCAACCUUCAACAUCUGCUGCAGCAGUAGCAACAUCUUCAUCUGACCAGACUUCAACAUCUGUCACAUCAGCAGCCACAACUUCAUAUGGCCAGGUUUCAACAUCGUCUACUUAAGCUGUAGCAACA